UUGUUCAAAGACUUGAAAGUGUAAAACAGACAAGAGGAGCAGUAAAGACGUCUGCUCUCGCUUGCAACCCGGAAAUCAGUCACCAGUCACUUUUAAUGUUGAUCUCCUCACUUUUGGUUGUUUGACCGUUCCCCUGUGUACAUGUCACUUGGAAAGUUGUGUAGUCCUAAGCCUACAUUUCGGCUUUUGCUCCAUAUAAAUAUCAUUACUAUUUCCUUACAUUGUUGAAAAGUGGGUGGCUCGAUUUUACACCAGUAACUCAUUACUGUUUCUUUUCUAAUUGGCAUUUUAUUUCAUUACAUAUAAGGUCUGAUAACAUUAAUCAAGUUCAUUAGUGCAGUUAAUGCAGUUCAAUUUACAGUGAGUUUACAUUUUAGAUUCAUAUCGCAAUAUAAAAAAUGUCAUUUCAUGCUGACUUUAAUCUCAGAAUUUAGACCUUUUUUCCCCUUUAAAUUUUUGGAAAACGGCUUCUUAAUUCUGAAAUAAACCAGAGGAUAUUGAUUUUUGGCUGAACUGUCUGACUUUUUGACUUUGUUCCAUUGUUAUACAAGCUAGUCUCAGAAUUUGGACUUGAAACGCACAAUGCUGAGAAGCUAAAUGUGACUUGGUAAUAAGCUUUGUGUUGUUUGGUUUGUGUUCAGUUCCAGUGUGGACUAAUGGAGCUGAAGGUCAUCAACUGGUCUAAUUUGUCUCAGCAUAGACUGCUGUCUGGAAAUGUCCAACUGCUGCAGAAGAGCGAGGCGCUGGAGCACAUACUGUAUGGGAGGAAGCCAGCACAGGAGUGGGAGCAACAAGCCGCUGAGGAGUGAAGGAAAAGAAAAACCAUGGCUGUGAACAAAUGCGUCAAAUACCUGCUCUUCAUUUUCAACCUUCUUUUCUGGCUGAGUGGCUGCCUCAUCCUGGCUGUGGCCAUCUACACGAAAGUCUCCAAGGAUGGAAACCAGAUCACCAAUCAGUAUUUACCUGCUGUUGACCUGAUGAUCGCCAUCGGAGUGAUCAUCAUGGUGCUCGGCUUCCUGGGCUGCUGUGGAGCCAUUAAGGAGAACCGCUGCAUGCUGCUGCUGUUUUUCAUAUUCCUCCUCCUCAUCUUCAUCCUCCUGGUGGCCGCAGGCAUCCUGGGAGCUGUGGGGGAUAAAAAGGUGGACAACUGGAUAAAGGAGCGCCUCAUGCCGCUGUCGGAUCAGCCAGCUAGCGUGAAGGACGAACUGGAGAAGCUGCAGCGGCAGCUGAAGUGCUGCGGUCUUUUCAAUGGACCAUCAGACUGGGAUUCAGUCCCCGACUCCUGUCACUGCAACUCCACUGUACCGGAAUGCCCAUCCUCCGGGGUAUACCAGACGCCCUGUGGCCCCCAAAUCGUCAACCUGCUGCAGAGCCAAAUGAAGGUGGCGCUGGGAAUCGCCUUCGCCAUCGCUGUGCUGCUGAUUUUUGGCAUGGUCUUCUCCAUGAUGCUCUACUGUCAGAUCGGCAGGAAGGAGAACACCGUCACCGUCAGCCAUGGCUGAGCCCUGCCCACCAGAUCUCCUCAGUGCAACUGCAACUUAAAGGAUAACUUUGGGGUUUUUUGAACCCACUGCAUUUCCCCUGAAGGUGGGCACAGAGACUCUAUAGCUAGCGCUAACUUUACUAUCACUACCUCCAUCAUAGAGGUUCAAACAAACAAACAUUUGCAGUAUCAGGAGGACAACCGGUUUAGCCUCCGAGCUCAGAAUAAACACGUCAGUCAAAUCAUGUUUCAUCCUGAUCUCUGAGCCAGAAG